AUGAACAAGAACGAAUUAAAAUCGAUCAAUGCUCAUCUAGAAAGUCUCUCACCUAUCGAAAUCCUAAAAUGGUCAAUAGAUCAUUUACCAAACCUAUAUCAAAUCACUUCAUUUGGUUUAACAGGUUGUGCGAUCAUAGAUAUGAUUUCUAAACUUUCACAUUCGACUUUAGUUCCUUUAAUCUUUAUUGAUACACUUUAUCAUUUUAAUCAAACCUAUCAAACUCUUUCUGAUUUGUCAGAAAAAUAUCAUUUUCAAUUAUAUCGGUUUUAUCCUAAUGGAUCGAAUCAUCGAAAAGAUUUUGAAAAUUUAUUGGGAAGUAAGCUUUGGGAAACUGAUGAAGCUACGUACGAUUUCUUAACUAAAAUUGAACCAGCAAGAAGAGCGUAUGAAGAAUUAGGUGUCAAAUCAAUCAUCACUGGACGUAGGAGAUCACAAGGGUUCGAAAGAGAAAGGAUUCCGAUCUUAGAAAUCGAUGAAACUGGUCUGAUCAAAUUAAAUCCAUUAGCUAGAUGGGAUUGGAAUCAAACAUUACAAUAUAUCAAAGAUGAAAAUGUACCAUACAAUCGAUUAAUCGAUUUAGGAUUCAAAUCGAUUGGUGAUUUCCAUUCGACAGUUUUACCUACCAAAGAUGAUGAAUCUAAGGAAAUUGUUGAAAGGUCUGGUAGAUGGUCUGGUUCUAGGAAAACUGAAUGUGGAUUACAUCAAGAUUAUUUUAAAGCUAAGAUGAAGUAUGAAAAAUCUCAAAUCGAAAACAAAUUCAAGUCUCGUGAUGUGUUACGUGAUGAAAUUUAA